CAAGACUUCUCUUCAAAAACUGCGUUACGUCUUCUUCUCUGACAGGAAAAGAUAUAUAUAUAUAUAUAUAUAUAUAUAUAUAUAUAUAUAUAUAUAUAUAUAUAUAAUAUUCCCCCAAUUUUGAAAAACAAAAAAUCUUUAAAAAAAUAAAAACACCAUCUCCUCCCCCUUUGGAGCUAGCAGCCACCGCCACCUUAAGCGGUUCGUCAAGAGGCCAUUUCCGGCGGGAGCUCUUCUCGCCACCAACUCGUCCGGUUAGUUUAUGAAGGGCCAUAGGAAGGAGAAAGAAUGUUAAAGUUAAUGCUUGCAUGCUGCAAGGUAUACAUAUCUGAGAGCCGAAACAGGGCUGCACUUGAGUUGAUUGAACGAGCUGCCAGGCUAUUCCCAGAAGCCCCUAUUAUCAACAAGUUUGAAGAUGAGACUUACAAUAGGGUUGGUUACACUCUUGUCUCCAAGUUGGCUCCAAAGCCAUCUUCAGACACAUGUGCCUUGAGAGGUGCUGUGCUUGCCAUGGUUAAAGCUGCAUUUGAAGCCAUCAACCUUGAAAUGCAUUGUGGAAACCAUCCCAGGCUUGGAGUGGUUGACCACAUUUGCUUUCAUCCCUUGGCUGAUGCCUCACUGAAGCAGACAGCUGGAAUUGCAAAGUCUUUGGCAGCUGAUAUUGGUUCCAAUCUUCAAGUGCCAACCUUUUUAUAUGGAGCAGCCCAUGAAGAGGAAAGGACUCUGGAUUCAAUAAGAAGAGAGUUGGGAUACUUCAAGCCUAAUUCCAGUGGAAACCAGUGGGCUGGGGGUAUGAAAUCAGAGUCUUCUCUGUUGAAGCCAGAUGUAGGUCCAGCUCAAGCAGCUCAAGCAAAAGGUGUGGUUGUAAUCGGAUCAACCCGGUGGGUUGAUAACUAUAAUGUCCCAAUUUUCUCUAGUAAUAUUGCUGCUGUUCGUAGAAUUGCAAAACGGGUAAGUGGUAGAGGAGGUGGACUUCCAUCAGUACAAGCCAUGGCACUUGCUUAUGGUGAAAAUGUCACUGAGGUAGCUUGUAACCUGUUGGAACCAAGUAGAAUUGGAGGAGAUCAAGUUCAGCUUGAAGUUGAGCGGCACGCAGAAGAAGAGGGAAUGAUUGCAGGGAAAGGAUAUUAUACUGAUUUUUCACAGGAAAAAAUAAUUAAGAGAUACUUGGACUUUAAUCCAUUGUGUGAUUAGAAGAUAAAUGAUUAGGGAAACUAUUGUUCCAUGAGUGAACCAAAUAAGAAAACUCUUCCAGUGAGAUAUUAUUUUCUCUUUUGUGAAGAGGGAUUUUUUGUUCUGAUCUUGUAGUUUGAAUGGUCAUUCAUAUGCCUGAAAUUUGUCUGUUCUAUUCAUUUGUACGAUCUUAAGAAGUUACAAUUAUUUUCUUUUUUAA